AGCGCACCAUCGCCAGACACGAGGUGAUGGAGGUGGAGCGACGCCACACCCAAGAUGGCGUACGGGACACGCCGCCGCUGGCAGAGGACGUGGUCAUCAUAUAUAACAGGGUACCCAAGACGGGCAGCACAUCGUUCACCAACAUCGCCUACGAUCUCUGUGGGAAGAACCACUUCCACGUGUUGCACAUCAACACCACCAAGAACAAUCCUGUCAUGUCCCUACAAGACCAGGUGGGGACGUAGCUAAGACCUGCCCUCUAUAAAGAAUCCUCCACAAGAAGCAUCCACAAGCAUUUAGUAUUAAACAGGAGUAUUAAACAGGAGUAGCAUGUAGUAGAAUGAUGUCAGCAUGAUUUGGAGGGAAAGGAAGGAUCCUUCAGUUUGAAUCCAUCAUGCACUUCACAAAUGUCUUUGAAAACAUUUCAAAAAGAUAAUUGCUAGGAGUCGCUACAGUACUAGUUCGAGGAUUUGGGGGAAACCUGAACACAAAUAAUAAUAAAUAAUAUAUAAUCUGAUUUUAGUCUCUUUUAGCCCUCCUGCAUAUAUUGACCCUGGUAUUGCCUCAUCAAGCCCCUGGUCAGACAAACAGUGUGGUUGUGUUCUGAUAGCCCUGAAGUGUUUAGUCUGAUCUUGAUAACCCUGAUGGGUUUAGUCUGGGUGUGUUCUGAUAGCCCUGACGGGUUUGGUCUGGGUGUGUUCUGAUAGCCCUGACGGGUUUGGUCUGUUUCUGGCUGUGCGUGUGUAUUACAGACUGUCACUGUGACUGCUGUUGAGAAAACACAGAGAGAGAGAGCGAGAGAGCAAGGGAAGUGUCUUGGAGCCUCUGGCUAGAGCCGGGAUAGUCUUAUUUCUGUCUGCUCCUCUGCUCUGCCAAGGUAAUAACCUGUCUGUUCUCACUGCAGUCUCUUCCCUGUGCAGACAAUACGACGUGGGUGGGAGAAUCUGAGCAUUGUUAAAGUGUCACCUGCAGAGAUGAGAGAAACUUGUGGCCAGAAGGGACUGUAGUGUUGAUUGAACAUCAAUCCAAAUUCUUUUAAACUUAUCUCUUUGCGUAAGAGAGUUACGCCAAAAUAAGGAAUAGUAAAAUGGGAACCGUUUAACAAAACUUUUCAGUUUACAGAAGAAGAGGAAGGAAGGAGGGGAUAAGUAAUGGGGACAAGAGGGGAGUUGUUAGAAGUCUGUCUGUCUGUCUGUAUCAGGCAUGCAUAGACUUAGAUGACAAACUAAUCCGCUUGUGUGAUUAGGACUCUGAUUGUGCUUCCAGGUGCGUUUUGUCCGUAACGUGACGUCCUGGAGAGAGAUGAAGCCUGGAUUCUACCACGGACAUGUGGCCUUUGUCGACUUCUCCAAGUAAAACCCUCCACAAUCUUCAUUACUUAAAUUAUAUCCAGAUGAGUAACGAACACAUUUUAUGUGACACAUGAAAGAAGGUCUUGGCUUUUAGAAUUGGUGGUUUAGUAUUUAUUAAUUUACUUAUUUGAUUUUACUGCUAUACUUGUAUACUUCUUCUACUGUGUGGGAAUCUUUGCUCUUCAUUUUCUCAUACGGCUGCUGCCACCUUGUGGCUGAAAGUGGAACUAGUCCUGUAUUUGUGAAAUGUGUUGAGCGUGAAUCAAAAGCGCCAAAGAAGUUCAGCUACUCUUUUAGCAGUUCACUUCUAUCUAUUGUGAUGAGGUACAGGUAUACUACUCAUUCAAGGGAUUUUCUUUAUUUUUACUAUUUUCUACAUUGUGGAAUAAUAGUGAAGACAUCAAAACUAUGAAAUAACACAUUUGGAAUCAUGUAGUAACCAAACAGAGUGUAUAUUUUAUAUUUGAGAUUCUUCAAAUAGCCACCCUUUGCCUUGAUGACAGCUUUGCACACUCUUGGCAUCCUCUCAACCAGCUUCACCUGGAAUGCUUUUCCAACAGUCUUGAAGGAGUUCCUACAUAUGCUGAGCCCUUGUUGGCUGCUUUUCCUUCACUCUGCGGUCCGACUCAUCCCAAACCAUCUCAAUUUGGUUGAGGUCGGGGGAUUGUGGAGGCCAGGUCAUCUGAUGCAGCACUCCAUCACUCUCCUACUUGGUCAAAUAGCCCGUACACAGCCUGGAGGUGUGUUUUGGGUCAUUGUCCUGUUGAAAAACAAAUGAUAGUCCCACUAAGCCCAAACCAGAUGGGAUGGCAUAUCACUGCAGAAUGCUGUGGUAGCCAUGCUGGUUAAGUGUGCCUUGAAUUCUAAAUAAAUCACAGACAGUGUCACCAGCAAAGCACCCCCACACCAUAACACCUCCUCCUUCAUGCUUUACGGUGGGAAAUACACAUGUGGAGAUCAUCCGUUCACCCACACCGCGUCUCACGAAGACACAGCGGUUGGAACCAGAAAUCUCCAAUUUGGACUCCAGACCAAAGGACACAUUUCCACCGGUAUAAUGUCCAUUGCUCAUGUUUCUUGGCCCAAGCAAGUCUCUUCUUCCUAUUGGUGUCCUUUAGUAGUUGUUUCUUUGCAGCAAUUUGACCAUGAAGGCCUGAUUCACACAGUCUCUGAACAGUUGAUGUUGAGAUGUGUCUGUUACAUGAACUCUGUGAAGCAUUUAUUUGUGCUGCAAUUUCUGAGGCUGAUAACUUAAUGAACUUAUCCUCUGCAGCAGAGGUAACUCUGGGUCUUCCAUUCCUGUGGCAGUCCUCAUGAGAGCCAGUUUCAUCAUAGCGCUUGAUGGUUUUUGCGACUGCACUUGAAGAAACUUUCAAAGUUCUUGAAAUGUUCCGUAUUGACUGACAUUCAUGUCUUAAAGUAAUGAUGGACUGUCGUUUCUCUUUGCUUAUUUGAGCAGUUCUUGCCAUGAUAUGGACUUGGUGUUUUACCAAAUAGGGCUAUCUUCUGUAUACCCCCCUACCUUGUCAUAACACAACUGAUUGGCUCAAACGCAUUAAGGAAAGAAAUUCCACAAAUUAACUUUUAAGAAGGCACACCUGUUAAUUGAAAUGCAUUCCAGGUGACUACCUCAUGAAGCUGGUUGAGAGAAUGCCAAGAGUGUGCAAAGCUGUCAUCAAGGCAAAGGGUGGCUAUUUGAAGAAUCUCAAACAUAUAAUAUAUUUUGAUUUGUUUAACACUUUUUUGGUUACUACAUGAUUCCAUAUGUGUUAUUUCAUAGUUUUGAUGUCUUCACUACUAUUCUACAAUGUAGAAAAUAGUAAAAAUAAAGAAAAACACUUGAAUGAGUAGGUGUGCCCAAAUUUUUGACCGGUAGUGUCUAUUCCUAAUUAUUGUGAUUAGGUAAUAUCCUAACUAUUGUGAUUAGGUACUGCUAAUAUCCUAACUAUUGUGAUUAGGUACUGGUAAUAUCCUAACUAUUGUGAUUAGGUACUGGUAAUAUCCUAACUAUUGUGAUUAGGUACUGGUAAUAUCCUAACUAUUGUGAUUAGGUACUGGUAAUAUCCUAACUAUUGUGAUUAGGUACUGGUAAUAUCCUAACUAUUGUGAUUAGGUACUGGUAAUAUCCUAACUAUUGUGAUUAGGUACUGGUAAUAUCCUAACUAUUGUGAUUAGGUACUGGUAAUAUCCUAACUAUUGUGAUUAGGUACUGGUAAUAUCCUAACUAUUUUGCCCUCUGAUUAGGUAUGGGGUGAGAGGUAAACCUGUUUACAUCAACGUGGUCCGGGACCCUAUAGAACGCCUUGUAUCAUACUACUACUUCCUGAGGUUUGGAGAUGACUACAGGCCUGGUCUUCGACGGAGAAAACAAGGCGACAAAAAGGUAUUGUUCCAUACAUAUAAGAUACUUGUUUUCUAUGGUGUUUUUAAGAUUUCUUAUGAACCUAGUGAGUGUCUGUGUAGCUCUUAUUUCUGACAUGCUUGUGUGUGUGUCUCUCUCUCUCUCUCUGUCUCUGUCUCUCUCUCUCUCUCUCUCUCUCUCUGUCUCUCUCUCGCUCUCUCUGUCUCUCUGUCUCUCUCUCUCUCUCUCUCUCUGUCUCUCUGUCUCUCUGUCUCUGUCUCUCUCUCUCUCUCUCUGUCUCUCUCUGUCUCUCUCUGUCUCUGUCUCUGUCUCUCUCUCGCUCUCUCUGUCUCUCUGUCUCUCUGUCUCUCUCUCUCUCGCUGUCUCUCUGUCUCUCUGUCUCUGUCUCUCUCUCUCUCUCUGUCUCUCUCUGUCUCUGUCGAUGUCUCUCUCUCCCUCUCUCUGUCUCUCUGUCUCUGUCUCUCUCUCUCUCUCUCUCUGUCUUUGUCUCUGUCUCUCUCUCUCUGUCUCUCUCUCUCUGUGUCUCUCUCUCUCUCUCUCUCUCUCUCUCUCUCUCUCUCUGUGUCUCUCUCUCUCUCUGUGUCUCUCUCUCUCUCUCUCUCUCUCUCUCUGUCUUUGUCUCUGUCUCUCUGUCUCUGUCUCUCUCUCUGUCUCUCUCUCUCUGUGUGUUUCAGACCUUUGAUGAAUGUGUGUCAGCAGGGGGUUCUGACUGUGCCCCUGAGAAGCUGUGGCUCCAGAUCCCAUUCUUCUGCGGACACUACUCAGAGUGCUGGUGGGUACCAACGUGGCUGCUAGUUCUGGUGGGUACCAACGUGGCUGCCAGUUCUGGUGGGUACCAACGUGGCUGCCAGUUCUGGUGGGUACCAACGUGGCUGCCAGUUCUGGUGGGUACCAACGUGGCUGCCAGUUCUGGUGGGUACCAACGUGGCUGCCAGUUCUGGUGGUUACCAACGUGGCUGCCAGUUCUGGUGGGUGCCAACGUGGCUGCCAGUUCUGGUGGGUACCAACGUGGCUGCCAGUGCUGGUGGGUACCAACGUGGCUGCCAACACUCAGACCCACUCAUCCCCAUUGCACCGGCUGGGGCUUAGGGGUCUUUGGACUAGUUUAGUCACUGUGUUACUAAUCAGAACACAUUGAUGACAUAAUGAUUAGGUCAUCUGUUGUCAUUAAACGGCGUGUACACCACAGAUAUCCCAUUAAAUUAGUAUUCUAAAUGUAAUGAUACAGUGUGAACUAUGUGUUGUGUGUGUGUGUGUACUAUAGGAACGUGGGUAGCAGGUGGGCCCUGGAGCAGGCCAAGUACAACCUGCUGAAUGAAUAUCUGCUAGUAGGGGUGACAGAGGAGCUGGAGGACUUUAUCAUGAUGCUGGAGGCAGCCCUACCGCGCUUCUUCAAGGGUGCCACAGACCUCUACAAAACAGGUACUGUACUGGCACAUAAUGUAUCCUGGUUCGUCUCACUUAACCUCAGCAGCUAAACCCUGACCCUUAGUGUUCUUGCCUUCUCUCCGUGGCACCACGUCCGUCCUGACACGCUCCUCCUGACAGACCCUGGUCUGCAGCCACACUCUGCUCUCUUCCUGGUAACAGCAUUUAGUACACUUGGGCAGACUAACCGAGUAUUUAGUACACUUGGGCAGACUAACCGAGUAUUUAGUACACUUGGGAAGACUAACCGAUUGUUUAGUACACUUGGGCAGACUAACCAAGUAUUUAGUUCACUUGGGCAGACGAACCUACUAUUUAGUACACUUGGGAAGACUAACCGAGUAUUUAGUACACUUGGGCAGACUAACCUACUAUUUAGUACACUUGGGCAGACUAACCGAGUAUUUAGUUCACUUGGGCAGACUAACCUACUAUUUUGGUGAAAACAUCCCUCUCCUUCACUUGGGCAGGCUAAGUGAAGGAGUAGCCUGUUGGAUAGAAAGACCGUAAAUGUGUUUAGCCAGUUGUAGAAGCCGCACACAUCUGUUGCCAGAUACUCCAUAAACCCUAACUGAUCCUCUCUUGUCCCCGUGUGUUCCCAGGUAAGACUAGUCUGUCAGAUAGCUAGACCCUAACUUGAUCCUCUCUUGUCCCCGUGUGCUCCCAGGUAAGAAGUCACACCUGCGGAAGACCACAGAGAAGAAGCCACCCACCAAGGAGUCCAUCGCCAAGCUGCAGCAGUCGGACAUCUGGAAGAUGGAGAACGAGUUCUAUGAGUUUGCCCUGGAGCAGUUCCAGUUUGUCCGGGCCCACGCCGUCCGGGAGAAGGACGGGGAACUCUACCUGCUGGCCCAGAACUUCUUCUACGAGAAAAUCUACCCCAAAGGGAAC